AUGAAAAAAGUUUUAAUCCCUCUCUUUGUACACGAUGUUGACAGUUGUUGUGAUUAUCAACCCGGUCAUUCGUUCAGAGCGGACUGGUGCCUUGAUCUUCAUGGUUUUUUAUCCCGCGAAGAGUUUGAUGCUAGACUUAAACAAAUCAAUUAUCAUAUCCAAAGCCUAGUUAAAGUUGAAUUAUCGAUAAACAUACCGUUAAGUGGUGCCAUUAUGGGAUUUAUAUACUUUUUCGCCAAAUAUAUGAUCGAAAAAAAUGCGGCAGAACGAGCAAUAGCACUUACUAAUCUCCUAAACGAACUUUUUACACAAUAUAACCAACAUGAAAAUCCAACUGCUAAUUGGAAAUUCUGGUGGGUUCAUUCCUAUGAAAGAUACGCUAUGAAUUUGGAGGGAAGAGCUUAUGGAAAUGGUCAUUUAAACAAGUUAAAGAUGAAGUAUCGUGGCUUGACUUUUAGUGUUAAAUUCGCAAACUUAUUUGCUGAAAAUGCUUUAAUUAUUCUUGAAAUCAAUGAUGCCCUCCCCGAUCUUACCAAACAUACAGUUGGUGUGAAUCUUAAUUCUGAAAAAAGCUAUAAUAACAACAUUAAUAACGUUAACUAUUCUAAUCAGAUGGAUAACUAUUCUAAUCAGAUGGAUAACUAUUCUAAUCAGAUGGAGGUGAUUAAGAUCUAA